AUGCACCUUUUUUUCUUUUUCUCUUUUGUUGCAGAAGUGCUUUUAGGCUUCAUGCUGCGAGUUGGGAUUUGCCACUUUAGCCGCCAGGAACCACAGGUGAUUGGGACUUCGGUGCCGUCGUUCCGUCACUUCCCGUAUAGGGCGCAGGAUGUUCUGCAUCUUUACCGUGAUUUCUUGCGUCUCAUCCACCAACACCCGCCGCAGGAGCGAGCCGAUCUUCUUUUUCGCCUGCACAACGAGUUUUACCGUCGGCGGCACCUCACGAGCCCCAAAAUGAUUACAGGCGCCAUCAAACGAGGGGAGGGCAUCCUGAACGUGCAGCGUAGUAUGUUGGAGUCUAAGACACUGCGAGCUCGCGGUGUGUCGUCGCGAGAGCAGGGUGCGCAAAACGUGGAUGGAUUGUGGGAUCAGCUGCAAAUGCUCUCGGGACAUGUUCUUCCGGGUCUGCGGAACUUUAGGCCCUCUCGAAAUGUAUUGAAAGGGUCCUACACACAGCAGGCUACAACGCAGGCCGUCUACUCACGUAGGAGAUUAUAG